GGAGGGAUGUGUGGGAGGAGGGACACAACUGGGGAGGGUGUACAGGUAGAGAGAGAUAAAGAGUGAGAGAAAAAGAAAGGAGGGUUCGAGUGUCAGGUUACCUGGAAUAUUUGAGUUUUGUUUUGUCAGCAGGGCUUGGUCAUUCUAAAACAACUCUCUCUGAAUCUACGGAGAGUCGAAACACAACGCUACACACCAGCACGCUUUUAUUACAGCCCUGGGGUUUCAAAGAGGGGCAAGUCAGGCAGCCUUCAAGUCAGAUUCAAUUACACUGCCAGAGAAAGAAAAGGGGACAGAGAGAGAGAGAGAGAGACUGAAGCCAGAGGAAAAGGACGAAAAACAUACAGCAGGCAGUGAGUUAUUUGGAGUCCCACCUCCACGGAAGGAGGACAGUGUUUACUCUGUGCUCCGUGUCGGAUGAGGUGCAUCUGGACCUUAACAGAAAACACAACAGCAUCAUGUGGGCGAUCACCCAGGUGCCUGAGGAAAGCAUUGCACCGUUGAAUCCUAGGCAUCAAGUACAAGUAGUUCCACGGCCAGGUCGCCACAGAAGGCCCAUGACAGCCACAAAGACUCAGAAAGACAAAGCGUCUAAGGCGAAGAAAGUGUUGCUGACUGCCCUCACAGUUGUGGUGUUACUGGGCAUACUAGUUACAGCAGGAUACUUCAUUAAGCAGCUGAUUGAUAGCAAAUAUUUCUUCUGCAAGAGUGCAGUGAAGUUCAUCCCAAUUGACCAAGCCUGUGACGGGAAAAAUGACUGCGCUGGUGGAGAGGAUGAAAUUACCUGUCUGUCAACUUUUACGGUCAACACUACCUUUCCAGUGCGUCUCACAUCAGCUCGGCAUGUCCUGCAGGUGUACAACCCUGGCCAAGGUUGGCGGAGUGUGUGUCGUGAUGACUGGACCGAGCAGCACACACAAACAGCAUGUAAACAACUGGGAUACACAAAUAAUCCUCAAAGCAGCGGUGUCACAGUGGAUAAAUUGAUACCUUCCAUGAAAACUGGACCAUUCACAGCUGUCAGGCCUAUGACUGGGACUACACCCAUACACGAAGCUACCAUGGACCGCGCUGUAUGCAGAUCUGGAUCUGUGGUAUCUUUGUCCUGUUCAGACUGUGGACAGGUAGGCUCUCAGGACCGUAUUAUUGGGGGUACAGAUGCUUUCAUUGAGGACUGGCCAUGGCAGGUUAGCCUACAAGUGGGAGGCAACCACGUAUGUGGAGGCUCGCUGGUGUCACCGCGUUGGGUUGUUACUGCAGCCCACUGCUUUAGUGGCAGUAAAAAAGAGCUGAGUCGCUGGAGAGUGGUGUCAGGCCGGACAUACAUGAGCACACUGGGAGGUUCCUAUGUGGACAGGAUCAUAAUGAAUGGCAACUACGAUGCAGCACAAAACGACUAUGACAUAGCACUGAUGAGACUCAGCAGUCCGAUCACAGUGGGAGUGGCCCGCAAGCCGGUUUGUCUACCUCCUAAAGCUUUUGGCCUUGCUGCCAAAUCCACCAUGGCCGUGACGGGCUGGGGAUACCUAGAGGAAAACGGUAAGGUUUCUCCGUCACUUCAGAAGGCCUCUAUCCCUCUGAUAGACCAGUCUGUGUGUUCCAGCCCCAUAGUGUACGGUAGUGCCAUAACCCAAAGGAUGAUCUGUGCUGGUUUCAUGGAGGGGAAAGUGGAUGCCUGUCAGGGGGACAGUGGGGGUCCUUUGGUGCACUUCACCUCCUCUCGAUGGCAUCUGGUAGGAGUGGUGAGUUGGGGUGUUGGCUGUGGUCGGGAGAGACGACCAGGUGUCUACUGCAAUGUUGAAGAGAUGCUAAACUGGAUUAAUACAGUCAUUGAGAAAAACCCCUAAGUUCCUACAUCCUGAUGAGCAGUCACCCAAAGAAAGCAGUCCAGUCCAGCUUGGAUAGGAUGUGAAACUAAAAGCAGGCUUUUGUUUGAGUAUGGUUGACUGGAGAAGACACGGAAAGUGUGAAACGGGGAAGUUAAAGAUUGAUCAUCAGCAAUGCAGAUGAACUGCUAAGCACAGCCAUAUGCAAAACACUGCACAUACAGUACACAUACACACACACACACACACACACACACACACACACAAAUGAAUAUUUCAUACCACGUAUAUAUUUCAGGCAUGGUUUGUGCCAUUUCAGGUUUCUAUCUCAGGGUAAAAGUAUAUUUAUGUUGUUAUGUGUCACCGGCCAGUCUGGGAUGUUUGUAGCUUUUACAGUGGUUGAAACUGACAGAACAAAUUCACACAUUCAUGCCUUUUUAAAAACAAGAAUAAUUUAAAAUGAAAAAAGAAUCAACAAUGUUGACAUAAGCACAAGCCAUUUUAACUGUGUGGAUUUCAGACUGGCAGACACAGACAUAAUGUAUUUGAUUACUAUGUGCUACUGUAUGAUUUUAGGUGUGCAAUGCGCUAUGAGGGUUCGUAUAAUAAAUAAAGGUGACAGACAGGAUAAACCUAUGCUAUACUAAUGCCAUCAGAGGUCAGUGUGAAGCCUCAUUUUACCGAUAUUGGUAAAGUGACGACAAGUACAGGAGUCUAAAGCAUUUAUGGUGUUGAUUCAGUUUAUCUGAUGUGUCCAUAUAAAAGGACAAAUGCACCUUUUUUUUACAGCACAGAUGAUGUGCGUUCUUCUUACCACGGAUUGAUUUACAUGAGCACUUUAAAUGGAAAGUGAGAAUUACUUGACCUUACACUAUCUGCAGAUGAGAACUAGUCUAAUAAUGCACUGAAGACUAGAACUCAGAUCACACAGUUAUGUGUUCAAAGUGCCUCCACAUUGAGUUUCAAAGUGCAAUCAGAUAUCCAGUGUGCCUUUAGAGAACUUACACAACGUGGCACCAAUGUUCAGAGCAGCGGUCACUGAGCUUUUUGCCUUCACAGCUAAAAGGAUAUGAAUGCAAUUUCCUAAAAUCUAAAAGUAAGCAACAGGGAGUAUAGCAUGUACCUUUGUGCACUCAGGCAAAACUUUUUAAUUAUUUCUUCAUUUUGAAAGAAUCAUUCCAAGUAAAACAAUUAAUCAAUCUGUGUUUUUUAUUUAUUUAUAAUUCUCUGGUCUGACAUAAAAUAAGUAAAAAAUGGCACUUCUGAAUUUUAAAAUAAUAGUUAACAUAUUGUAUUAUACUGUACAUUAAGAAUCGUUGAACAUGAAUGGCAUUUCAAGAUUUGUGAACAGUAUGGUGAGUGUCUGCUAAUAACAUUUGACUGUAUAUAUGGUACAUUUUGUUGAUUUUUAUACACCUGUAAAUAUGUUGUGUAUAUUUAAUAAAGAUGUUCUUUAACUUGA